AUGUCUGAAAAGCAAACACCCGUUUUGAGGGUCGCCGACUUGCCCGAUGAGAUCCAGACUAAAGUGUUUGAACUUGCGCUGGAGGCAACUGAUAACUACAAGGUUGAAAAGGAGAUUGCUGCGUACAUGAAGAAAGAAAUGGACCAAUUAUAUGGACCCAGCUGGCAUGUUAUUGUGGGUGAAAGUUUUGGCUCGUAUGUGACCCAUGACCAGGGGUGUUUUACAUACUUUUACCUUGGAGAAUUGGCAUUUUUGGUAUUCAAAAGUGGAUAA